AAUUAUCAUCAAAUCACAGCUUCAAUAAAAUCAUUCAGUCAUUAGGUUACUUUACGACUUUCCCAUUUGCGCAAAAAUGCGUGAUUGCGUAGAUGAGCCUGCUGCGAUCGGAGAUCGAUAAGCCUUCCCGAUCCCUGUACGGAAACCUUCACCUCAACUGUCAGUCAAACAGCACCCAUCAUGUGGAAGGCCAGCGCAUUGCAACUGGUGCUACUGGCACUUGCCAUCCAUUGGCAAAUCGAUUCGAUCACCACCACGAACGUCCUCUGUGGCCAGCGACCUAUUGCUGCCCCGGGUACCAUCACCUACGGUCGGUCUAGUUGGCCCGGUCAGUUUCCGUGGCAUGUGGCACUGUACCGGACGGAGCAGCCUCUUACGAUUUCGUACGCUUGCGGCGGUUUCAUCGUGGGUGAACGGGUGGUAAUUACAGCGGCCCAUUGCGUCACAGCACCGAGCGGCUAUCAGCUAGCGGCCGAUGAGCUGACCGUCCGCGUGGGUCUGUACGAUCUGCUCACGCUCGCCCGCCACUCCCAAGAGCAUCGGGUAGGACGGAUUCAUCGGCACGGAAACUUCACGACAGGCUCACCGCGCCAUGACCUUGCCCUGCUGAUGCUUCGAACCAUCGUAGAGUUCGGGGACUUUGUACAGCCGAUUUGUUUGCCACGGGACCCGGAUGCUCUCAAGGGAGUUCGGACGGGAACUGUGUCUGGUUGGGGGUUGGUGGAGGAUGAUUCCCCUGCUAGAACACUUCGAUCGGCUACAAUGCCUAUUGUGAGCUAUUUAAGCUGUCUUCAAAGUGAUUCCACACUAUUCGGUCCUGUCCUAUACGAUGGGAUGUUCUGUGCAGGGUGGGAAAAUGGUACGAACGUCUGUAAUGGUGAUAGUGGAGGAGCAUUUGCUGCCAAUGUUAACGGUAGUUGGACAGCCUUUGGUAUAGUGGCUUUUACGGGAGUUAGAGAGCACACCGACGGCCAAACACCAUUCCGUUGUGAUACGAAAAGCCUGGCUGGAUUCAUCAGCAUUCCGAUGUACCUGGAUUGGAUUGAAUCUGUAGCUGCUGUGGAAGCUGUACAGCUAGACACACAUCGUGAAAUGCCCAACAGCGCAUUACCAAGGAUUAGUGACACUAUGUGUCAAUCGUACCGCGACCAAUGCCCAAAGCAAGAAGACGUAUCAUACUUGGCUCCAGUCGUCCGGCCGAUCCGCGUCGCUGGAAGUUCGCCCCGUUACGCUCGGCUAGUGAUUGAUUGCUACGGCGUUCUGAUAAGUGAGCGGUUUCUUCUGGCACCGGCUAGCUGCCACCAUAGCACAGCCCUGCCAAAACAAUUCAUUAUGCUAGAGUUUGCCGGCCAGGCAAUGGCCUGUAGUGUAAAGAGAUUCCAUCAUCACCCGAAUUUUAUCAACAAUCCUCCAUCCGAGUCUACAACGGAGGACGAUCUGCGGGAAGAGCGGACACACCAAAGCAAUAUCGCCCUAAUCGAACUGGAACGGGCAGUGUCUCUGUCCACCUGUCAGUUUGUGUGUCUCUGGACGGGGGUCGAAGGUGCCGAAAGUGAGACCCUCCCGAACAUCUUGCUCUACUCGGCCGUGAACGUCUCGUCCGGUGACAAAUCGAUCGAGUCGUCGGAGAUGACGGUCCGACCGACUUCCAGUGGCCGGAGCAGCACAACCCAAGCGAGUCGCUGCUACGACGAGCUGCUGGCGCCCUUGGUGAUGCAGCAGAACCCGGACGGUGGUCGGUCCGAUCGAUUGGUCGGCAUUGUUGUCGAGCGAACCUGUACGACGAUACGCUUCAUCAAGGUAGCACCGUUUCUUGGCUGGAUCGAGCGGAUUGUCUGGCUGGGGUCAUCAUCUUCGGAUAACGACAAUGGGCUGUAAC